AUGAGUACAUCUUUGAGAAGCUUAAGGCGGAAUCUGGGGUGUUUGAGACGUGGUACCUCCCAUGUUCCAGCUUGCUUGAGAAGCCUGAGCCAUACUAGCUACGAACCGCCUCGGAUUGAUGAUUUGACAGGCGAAAAAUGGAUAAAGCUUGAAAAAGACGUGAAAGAGGAGAUUAUGGAGUACUUGGAUUGGAAAAUGGAAGGCGACUGGAGAGAAAUGCCUGCUAAUGAAAAGAGGGCUUCAUACUUUGUAUCUUUUGGCCAAUGGGGCCCGCGAGCAAAACCCGGUUCCAAAGAAGCGCAGCUGCAAAUGACAGGCGCAGAGAUCAUCCUCAGGGGGGUAUUUAGUGGAGUUUUGUUCAUGGCAGUAGCAGUCAGCUUCAUGAACUACCAGAACGAUAAACGAGUACAAAAGAACCUUAAAAAGCUAGAAGAUAGUGCUGAACGCUAA